UUAAGUCCCAACGUUUCCGCGGCUCGACGCUCGUCGCUCAGGUUAUUUCGUCAAGAUGCCAGUCGGUAUCGAAGCAUGGGUGACACAGAUCCCUCCUGUAACGCGAACAUGGCUUGCUCUGGCAGUAAUGAUGAGUCUAGCUGUCCAAUGCCAACUUGUCACGCCGUUACAGCUAUACUUCAGCUUUAAGGCAGCCUUUACGAAUUUUCAGCCGUGGCGAGCAUUGACUACAUUUCUCUAUUUCGGCACAUUGUCGCUGGACUUCGUGUUUCACAUGUUCUUCUUUAUGCGCUACAGUCGCAUGCUAGAAGAGUCAUCGUUCGCGAACCGAAAAGCAGACUACUUCUGGUUGCUCUUUCUUUCUGCGCUAAUGCUUCUGGCAUUGUCACCGCUCGUGAACCUCCCUUUUCUCUCCUCGCCCUUAGCGUUCGUGCCGAUCUACCUUUGGUCUCGUCGGCAUCCAUCAACACCAAUAUCGCUGUUCGGCCUCGUUACGAUAACCGCUCCUUAUCUUCCUCUGGCCUUAGUAGGCCUCGCAUGGAUGCUGAAUGGUACAUGGCGAGCAGCAGCUGGCGACCUCGUGGGUUGCGCUGUUGGCCACAUAGGGUGGUUCGUAAGAGACGUUUGGACCCGAGAGAUGGUAGGCGGGCCGACAAUCUUCAGCGAAGCGCCACUCGCACUGAAACGCCUGUUUGGGGAUAUCUGAUACUGCGUCGUGUACUCGUACGCUAAUACUGUGCAUUGAUGUGAUCAAUCAUUUUUUAAGCUCCC